CACCUUGUUGCUGAAAUGUGCUGUGGACAUAAAGCUGCCUUGCCUCUUGCCUUAGGUAACGAUCAAGACAACGCUCUGAUUGGUGGGUGGAAGGAUGACGCCUUGGAAGGAGGCGCUGGAGAUGACACGCUGAUCGGAGGGAACGGAGACGACAUCCUGAUUGGUGGCUUGGGAGACGACACUCUUUAUGGCGAGGACGGAAAUGACACUAUGAUGGGAAACUCUGGCCGGGACGUCUUCCUUCCCGGACCAGGGGCUGAUCUGAUGGACGGCGGUCCUGGCAGAGACACGGUUGUGUACCGGGGCGAUCCUGACACAGGUAAAGGAGUUUAUGUCAACCUGCUGACGGGACAAGGCCGCUACGCCGAUGCUGAGGGCGACGUGUUGAAGGAUGUGGAGAUAGUCAUCGGCACCGUCUACUCUGAUAUCUUGGUGUCUGGUUACGAAAGUUCUCUUCUCAAAGGCUCGGAUGGCAAUGACAUCUUGGUGUCCACCGGUGGCGAUUACCUGGUCGGCGGUGAUGGAAAUGACAUUUACAUGUUGGCUUUCAACCACGGUUCAGUCACGGUUGAUAACUGUGCCAAAGACAACGCUACAGACGUCUUGUACAUGAGCUCACAGUCAACGCCGCCAUUUGACUGCCAACUUUUGCCUGACAGAGUUCUCCUGACUUUCUUUGGACUUAACCAAACUACUAUUAAAAUUACACUGCAGGGCUGGAUCAGUGAUGAGAACGAAUGUGGUCAUUUGAAGUUGUUUUUUAGAGAUCUGGAGGUGUCAGUGGACCGGCUGCUGCAAGAGUGUCAGUUAAGACUAUUAAGGAAAUGUCAUCUUCCUGCAAACAAGCAGAACAUCAGUUUUAAGGGCAAAACAACAAAAGAAACAAGAACAAAGAGAAACAAAAGUUGAUGCAGUAUCAGUUUCUAUGCUGGCUGAUGUAAUGUAGAGUUUAAUCUUGAAAAGUAAGGACACAAUUUCUGAAUUUCAUUGAUCAUUUGUCAUUUUAUCUUAACUAACUAGCC